GCUUCGAUGGAUACUUUUCCUUUUACGAUAGGAGAAGCGAUCUGUUUGGGGUCAAGCUUGGCUUUCUCUGGCCUCUUUUAUUACUUGCACAGGCAAAAGGCCAAGGUGGUGUCCAAAAUCCAGGGGGCUCCGAAGCUCCAGGUCGGUUCAAGUCUUCCCAGCGUUUUGUCUGCCGCAGGUAGCAACUGCCUCCCCUACGUUGUCAUUGAAGGAGUGGUCCAGCCGGUCGAAGCUGCCCUCACCAGCCCGUACCACAAGGAGCUGCAGGGAGUGAUCGAGAGACUGAUCCUGAAGGAGCAUCGCUUGAUCUGGAACAGCCUGGCCCGAAGCUGGACGGACAGUGAACGGGUGGUGCUGGAGCAGCUGCACACAGUCCCCUUCGUCCUCGCCUCCGCCGACAAAGCGGCAGGACGAGUAAGCGUGGAAUUGCCCCUCCAGGCGGUUGACCUACCCCUGGAGACCGUCUACGAACGCUUCCAGCAGACCUCCCAUGGCUUCAAAGACCUUCUCAGCCACUACCUGAGCGGGGAGAAGCCCAAGGGCUUCCUGGAGACGGAAGAGAUGCUUUUGGUGGGCAGCAAUCUGACUGGCAUUGGUGAGCUAGCCCAGCGCCCGGAUGGUACCCUCUGCCUGCAACCCCCUUCGAAUGGAGCCGGCUAUUUCCUGUGCCUGGAGGAUUGGCAGACUCUGCUAUCCGGUCUCCAGUCGGCCAGCAACUUCUGGAAAUGGACAGCCUUGGUGUGCGGCUUUGUCUCUGUGGUGGUUGUCGUGCGGGCCCUUCGUCGAGCCCACCGGAUCCGCCGGCUGAAUCGGGAGCGGGAGGCGCAACGGCAGGAAUUCGAAGACUACCUGCGGAAUCACAACCAGGACGAAGAGCUGCCCGCAAACGCCUGCGUGGUGUGCUUGACCAAUCCACGCGAGUGCGUCGUGCUGCCCUGCGGCCACAUCUGCUUGUGCUUCCACUGUUUCCAGGCCUUGCCCAACCCUUUCUGCCCCAUCUGCCGGGGCCCCAUAGACCGUGUGGUUCCCCUCUAUCAGGCCUAGGGAGGAGGUAGCCUCCUACGCAUAUCAGCUGCUCUUAGUGCAAGACAUUAGGACCUUCUUCACAGUGGUUAUAGUAGAGCGGUAUCUCAACUUUGGCAACUGUCGGAUGAGUGGCCUUCAACUCCCAGAAUUCCCCAUUCAUCCAUCCAUGCUCGCUGGGGAAUUGUGGGAAUUGAAGUCCACCCAUCUUAAAGUUGGCCAAGGUCGAGGCACACUAUUAGAAACAAGCAUCCCAAUUGUGGGUUGAGGGACAUCCGGUCUUCUGAGGCAUGCGGUCUCGAAGGAUCUCCGGGAUCUCAGAGGAUGUCCCUCUGCACAAAUUCUUGCUAUUGGGCGGCACGUCCAGAGUAGAUCACCCUUCCAGCUUUGCUGUGCUGGAAGAGAGAUUAAGGAGUCCUUCUGGUGGUUCUCCUCUGGUGUUGAGACUCCAACCCCAGAGUUCUGGGGGGAAUUAUGGGACUUGUAAUCCAAACACAUCUAGAGAGCGCAGGGUUGGGGAAAGGCUGAAUUGAUCUGCUGCGCAGGGAGUCACCAAGCUCCUAAGCCUGCCUUGCUGGUUUGCAAACUUAAAGCAAUAAUCACUGUGAGAGUAGAGCAUCUUACCUAAAUGAUAGGAGCUGGGUUUUUUUAAAAAAAAUUGGAACUCAGUUAUUUGUUGUCUAUAAACCAGGGGUCUCCAACCCUGGUCCCUUUAAGACUUGUGGACUUGAACUCCCAGAGUCCCUCAGCCAGCAAAGCUGGCUGAGGAACUCUGGGAGUUGAAGUCCACAUGUCUUAAAGGGACCAAGGUUGGAGACCCCUGCUAUAAACCACACCCAGCAGUCUUUGCUUCAGGAUUUGAACUGUUGAAUGCCAGGGUUAUAGGACAUAAAUAACCAUUGGCUUUCCAUUGAAAAUAUUGGCCGCAUUUAGCUUCAUCACAAUAUCUUUUUAGUCAUUGUCAGGUUCUGGAACAUUUCAAAUCUGAAUAGCCACUGGAGCUUCAGGUUUCCUGCCGAUCACGAAGUUUAAAUUUCAUUAUCGGCAUGAAGUUGGCUGUGUAGAGUUACCGACCUUAACUUAGAACUGUGUUUCUCAACUUUAGCAACUUUAAGACCUGUGGACUUCAACUCCCACAUAGCUGUCCACGCAUCUUAAAAGUUGCCAUCUUAAGUCCACACCUCUUAAAACGCUGAGUAGGGACUAGAGAUUUAACUGACGUGCAAAUAGGCCUGCUCAAGAGCUGAGAUGGGGUUGACUCUUGGUUUCACAGAUAUUUCUAGCCGAUACCAGCUAAUACAGACUGGAGGACUAAGCCCUCAAUUUUGCUGGAACUGUUUCUUUCAAGUCGGACCUGUACGGAAAUGGCAGAUGGUGUUUAAUCAGACAAGAUUAUGAUUGAUGUUAAUGACCGGUUCUUCGCUCGUUUUGAAAUUGCUGAGAUCUUGCCUCUUGACAUACAAGGGUUGGAGGCAGAAGGCCGAUCCCAGAGGGGGCGACCGCCAAAAAGACUAUUCUAGCAUAUAUACGGCUGAUGGCUUUCUUGCCAAGCGGGCCGCUUGCCAACCCUAAUUUUCUUAUCAUCAAGUUCGGGAUGAGCGGCAGAAGCUGUCCUCCACGGCUGGCCCAGUCAAAGGAAUCGUUUUGCUUUGCGCUAUCUUCUACGACGAACCAAGCAUUGGAUGGCGUUUCGCAGUCCUGUGCGCCGGGAAUGUAAAAAUCAAGAAUGAUUAAAUCGGCAAAUCCCUCAA